AUGUCUGGGAAGAUACAUGAUGACCUUCUCUCCGUUCCCCGCAGGGCUUUCAGUGGGAUGUCACUCUCUGCCCCCACGUCCCAAAACCAGGGUACGUCUACCGCACGCACAUCUGGCGCGCCCACCAGAGCGACGCCGCACCUCCACUCGUCCGCGACGCCCCUUGGCCUCACCGGCUCCAUGUGCGACCCCACGCCCGCGAACUGUUCCGCCCGCCGCUUCGGAAGCCACGCGUCCUGGAUGAAAUACCGUUUGCUGUCGACCGGGGGGCGGAGCCUGAACGUCGACCUCGAGGAUGACCUCGCGCAUGUGCCGCUGGCCGGCGAGAACGUAUGA